GAGAGAGAGAGAAAUGAGAGAGAGAGAAUGUAUUAAAGGACGGGCUUCAGACGGAGGUUUGGCUGCAGACUGGUCGGGAUUCCUUUCGCCUCCUCAGUCUCAGACGCAUCAGGUCACUGAAGACGUUACGACAGAAGGACGGGAAAGUGCAAAAGACCAAGACACCCAGAGAUCCCAGGCUUGGUGGCUACAUGCUCAGUUCUCUUUGGUCUUGAGAUAAACAACCACACUAAUCAGCAGGAACCAUGGAUUUUGUAAUGAAGCAAGCUUUAGGUGGGGCCACCAAAGACAUGGGUAAGAUGCUGGGUGGGGAGGAGGAGAAGAAGGAUCCAGAUGCUGCCAAAAAGGAGGAGGAGCGGCAGGAGGCGCUGAGGCAGCAGGAGGAGGAGCGGAAGGCCAAGCACACCCGCAUGGAGGCCGACAGGGAAAAAGUACGGCAGACCAUCAGGGACAAGUAUGGGCUGAAGAAGAAGGAGGAGAAGGAGGCGGAGGAGAAGGCGGCCAUGGAGCAGGCCUGCGAGGGGUCCCUGACACGCCCGAAGAAGGCGAUCCCGAGAGGAUGCGGAGACGAAGACGAAGAGGACGAGGAGAGCAUCCUUGACACUGUCCUCAAGUUUCUGCCCGGACCUCUGCAGGACAUGUUUAAGAAGUGAAAAAAAAAAAAAACCCACUACUAAUCAAACAAACCCUAAAUCCAGGGUCCAGGCUGCGGGGCAAAGGGAGGCGGGGGUCUUUCUGUCAGGGACUUUGGGUUGAGUGGACCUGCAAGAGGGACUGGGGGCAUUGGUUUCAGUGUAGAUUUAGGGCAUGUAGAAGUGGAAAGGAUUUGGGUGGGGGGGGGGGGAGGUCCUGCCAAACUGUUAGAGGCUACACACUGCCUUUCUAGAAAUUGUUUACUUUGUUCUUUUCUACUCCUCGUCGAUUGCGUCAUUCUUCCCCCUUUUAUUUGCCACAACUGCCGUACAACCUUUCAACUGCCACUUAGCACAACUCUUACAACUACUAGUCUUUUUGUCCUUUUCUUGUUGCAAUUUUUUUUACACCUAUUACGAUCAAACCUUUUGAUUGGUUGGUCGUCAUCUGUUGCUAGACAAUGGUGACCAAUGGAGAACAGUUUUCCCCUAAAAGGACAGUUCACAGUCCUGUUCUCAUGCUUCUGUGGUUUUUCCAACGGCACUGCCACCAUGUUAUCCAGUAGAUGGAGCAUGUCGUGUUUACUUCAGUGGGUGUUUUCUACUUUUAUGAACUUCGUGUAGGUCUUUGUAUUGAA